GCAGAACGGCUCCAAGCAGUAAGCUGGCUGUUUCAGACAGCACUAACAGCAUCAGCAGACACCACUGUGUCAGCAUCUCUUAGUAUGCAGCGUUGGUAACUGCACAGAGGGGAUGAUGAGCAGUGCAUGAGAUCCAAUAUUUUGAUGAUGAAUUAAACAGAUCCUGAUGAAUAGAUCUGCUAUCUGAUCUUUUCUUCACUAGCCCUGUAGAUGCCGAGAGACAGACAUGGCUGAGCUUAUUUAUUUACUUAUUUUUUUGUAAGACAGGAAGUGUGUGAUCUUUUAGGGAUUUCUGGAAAUAGAAAGGUCAUGCAGCCUGGAUCCUGUGAGCAUUUCCAAUCUCUAAGUCAAGAGAGAAAUGAUGAAGAAGCCGUUGUGGAUAGAGGUGGAACACGCUCUAUUCUCAAAACACAUUUUGAGAAAGAAGAUUUAGAAGGUCAUCGGACAUUAUUUAUUGGAGUUCAUGUGCCCCUGGGUGGAAGAAAAAGCCAUCGUCGUCACAGGCAUCGUGGUCAUAAGCACAGAAAGAGGGACAGAGAGAGAGAUUCGGGACUGGAGGAUGGAAGAGAGUCCCCUUCUUUUGACACCCCAUCGCAGAGGGUGCAGUUUAUUCUUGGAACUGAGGACGAUGAUGAGGAGCACCUCCCUCAUGACCUUUUCACAGAGCUGGAUGAGAUUUGCUGGCGUGAAGGGGAAGAUGCUGAGUGGCGAGAGACAGCCAGGUGGUUGAAAUUUGAAGAGGAUGUGGAAGAUGGAGGAGAAAGAUGGAGUAAGCCCUAUGUGGCCACGCUUUCAUUACACAGCUUGUUUGAGUUGAGAAGCUGCAUCCUGAAUGGAACUGUGCUACUGGACAUGCAUGCCAACACGAUAGAAGAAAUUGCAGAUAUGGUCCUUGACCAGCAGGUCAGCUCAGGCCAGCUGAAUGAAGAUGUUCGCCACAGGGUCCACGAAGCAUUGAUGAAGCAGCAUCAUCACCAGAAUCAGAAAAAACUGGCUAACAGGAUUCCUAUUGUCCGAUCUUUUGCUGAUAUUGGCAAGAAACAAUCAGAACCAAAUUCCAUGGAUAAAAAUGCAGGUCAGGUUGUUUCUCCUCAGUCUGCUCCAGCCUGUGCUGAGAAUAAAAAUGAUGUCAGCAGGGAAAACAGCACUGUAGACUUCAGCAAGGGACUGGGAGGCCAACAAAAGGGGCAUACUAGUCCAUGUGGGAUGAAACAAAGGCUUGACAAAGGACCUCCACACCAGCAGGAGAGAGAGGUUGAUCUGCAUUUUAUGAAAAAGAUUCCUCCGGGUGCUGAAGCUUCAAACAUCUUGGUAGGAGAACUGGAGUUCCUAGACAGAACUGUGGUUGCCUUUGUCAGGUUGUCUCCAGCUGUCUUGCUCCAAGGACUUGCUGAAGUUCCAAUCCCAAGCAGAUUUCUGUUCAUCCUUCUGGGACCCCUGGGAAAGGGUCAACAGUACCACGAGAUUGGCAGAUCGAUUGCGACCUUAAUGACUGAUGAGGUGUUUCAUGAUGUUGCUUACAAAGCUAAAGACCGCAAUGACUUGGUAUCAGGAAUUGAUGAGUUUCUGGAUCAGGUUACCGUUCUUCCUCCUGGAGAAUGGGAUCCAAGCAUACGAAUAGAACCUCCCAAAAAUGUCCCUUCCCAGGAGAAGAGGAAGAUUCCUGCUGUACCAAAUGGAACAGCAGCUCAUGGCGAAGCUGAGCCACAUGGAGGACACAGCGGACCUGAACUCCAGCGAACUGGGAGGAUUUUUGGGGGACUUAUAUUAGAUAUCAAAAGAAAGGCUCCAUUCUUCUGGAGUGACUUCAGGGAUGCUUUCAGCCUGCAGUGCUUAGCAUCGUUCCUGUUUCUCUACUGUGCAUGCAUGUCUCCUGUCAUCACAUUUGGAGGACUGUUGGGAGAAGCAACUGAAGGUCGUAUAAGUGCAAUCGAAUCACUCUUUGGAGCAUCUAUGACCGGGAUAGCCUAUUCUCUUUUUGGUGGACAGCCCCUGACCAUAUUAGGCAGCACAGGACCUGUUUUGGUGUUUGAAAAGAUCUUGUUUAAGUUUUGCAAGGAAUACGGCCUGUCGUACUUGUCCUUACGGGCCAGCAUUGGGCUCUGGACUGCAACACUGUGCAUCAUCCUUGUGGCCACGGACGCGAGCUCACUCGUCUGCUACAUCACCCGGUUUACCGAAGAGGCUUUUGCUUCUCUCAUUUGCAUCAUUUUUAUCUAUGAAGCCCUGGAGAAGUUGUUUGAGCUCAGUGAAACCUAUCCAAUCAAUAUGCACAAUGAUUUGGAACUGCUGACACAAUACUCAUGUAACUGUAUGGAGCCACAUAGUCCCAGCAAUGACACACUGAAGGAAUGGCGGGAGUCCAACCUUUCUGCCUCUGACAUAAUCUGGGGGAACCUAACUGUGUCAGAGUGCAGAUCACUGCACGGGGAGUAUGUCGGGCGAGCCUGUGGCCAUGGCCACCCCUACGUGCCAGAUGUUCUCUUCUGGUCGGUGAUCCUGUUCUUCUCCACAGUUACCAUGUCAGCCACCCUGAAGCAGUUCAAGACCAGCCGCUAUUUCCCAACCAAGGUUCGAUCCAUAGUGAGUGAUUUUGCGGUUUUUCUUACAAUUCUGUGUAUGGUUUUAAUUGACUAUGCCAUUGGGAUCCCAUCACCAAAACUACAAGUACCAAGCGUUUUCAAGCCGACCAGAGACGACCGUGGCUGGUUUGUUACACCUUUGGGUCCAAACCCAUGGUGGACAAUCAUAGCUGCCAUCAUCCCAGCUUUACUCUGUACUAUUCUGAUUUUCAUGGACCAGCAGAUUACAGCUGUCAUCAUCAACAGAAAAGAGCACAAGCUAAAGAAAGGUUGUGGCUAUCACCUGGAUCUGUUAAUGGUGGCAGUCAUGCUCGGGGUCUGCUCCAUUAUGGGCCUGCCAUGGUUUGUGGCUGCCACAGUUCUCUCCAUCACUCAUGUCAACAGCCUCAAGCUCGAAUCAGAGUGCUCUGCUCCAGGAGAACAACCCAAGUUUCUCGGCAUUCGGGAGCAGAGGGUGACCGGGCUCAUGAUUUUUAUUCUUAUGGGUUCAUCCGUUUUCAUGACCAGCAUUCUGAAGUUUAUCCCCAUGCCAGUGUUAUACGGAGUGUUUCUUUAUAUGGGUGCUUCGUCUCUCAAAGGAAUUCAGUUAUUUGAUAGAAUAAAGCUCUUCUGGAUGCCAGCCAAACAUCAACCAGAUUUCAUCUAUCUAAGGCACGUGCCCCUCCGGAAAGUCCAUCUCUUCACAGUCAUUCAGAUGAGUUGUCUCGGCCUUCUGUGGAUAAUCAAAGUUUCGAGAGCUGCUAUUGUCUUUCCUAUGAUGGUGUUGGCACUAGUGUUUGUGAGAAAGUUGAUGGACUUCUUGUUUACCAAACGGGAACUCAGCUGGCUUGAUGAUUUAAUGCCUGAGAGUAAAAAGAAGAAACUUGAAGAUGCUGAGAAAGAAGAAGAACAAAGUAUGCUAGCCAUGGAGGACGAGGGCACAGUACAACUCCCACUGGAGGGACACUACAGAGACGACCCGUCUGUGAUCAAUAUUUCUGAUGAAAUGUCAAAGACUGCCAUGUGGGGGAACCUUCUAGUUACUGCUGACAACUCAAAAGAAAAGGAGUCACGCUUUCCUUCUAAAAGCUCCCCUUCCUAAUCACUCUAGAAGCUGAUUCCCCAAAGCAAUGAAAGCCGAAAGGAGAAGAAAGCUGACUCAGGGAAAGGCGUUGACAGGGAGACUUGUCUAUGACUUGAUCUUCAAUUUAUUUUUUACAUAUAUAUAUAUGAGAAGAGUGUCACAAUUAUUAACAAAACUGCUUUGAUCAUGUAAUUGUAAACCCUCUCUCCCAUCCCACCUUCAUACUGUAAGUAGUGCAAGCCUUCAUUCUAUUUCUGUGUUCAGCCUCUGAGCAGGUCGACACCCUUGUAAGCAGAUCCAAUAGCUAAUGCAAGAGUCUCCAGUGUUACUGCCGUAAGACAUUCGCCAACACAGGAUUCUCAUUGUUGACAUUAAGAGAACAAAGCUUUCUUUAAAAGAUAAGUCAUAUUUGCCUAGUUUGUAUUUUCCUACCUUAGUAACCUGAAGAUGCCUGAUAAUUUUAUUCAGAAGAAUUUUGAAAGGUAGUCGUACUUUUUAUUUUUUAUGGCUUAGCAUUCGUUACUGGUUUUGAAAGACCCAAAUCAAAAAGUUACUCUGAAAGCAUUUUUAAUAAUUGUAUUUAUGUAUUUCCUUGACUUAAUAUGAAACAUUUAAUACUUAAUAACUGUUACUUCAAGUCAUUUGAGAAAGAGACCUGUUCAUAUCUUCUUAAAAGACAUACUGCAAAGAGUCAAGUAGUGUUCACUUAGAAUUCAAGUUGUAACCAUGCAGUCAAAAACUAGGCUUGUAUUAAAUGCUUUAGAGAUAUUUGAAGAGUUUUGUGGGGCUUUUCAUUUUAAAUCUUUACCAGAAAUAUGCUACUGAGUUUCUCUCCCAUUGACAAGGGUUGCUUCCCGAAUAAGCCUAUGACAUACAUACUUACGGAAUGCCACAUGGUGCAACAUUGUACAUUUGAUGCCAGCCCUGGCAGCUGUUCUGCUGACCAUGGUCAUGUGCUGCUAAGUUUGGUUCCUAUCAUGUUGUCAUGUUAGACCAACAGGUCUCCAACUGUAUUUUGUUUUUUUUGCAAAGCUCUUUUCCACAUUUUAACUAAAUGCAUGUUGUGGAAAAAUAGUCUUUGAAAUAAAAUUUCAGAUUUUGUUAGAAAAGGUUAUGUAAAUACUUCAGUCCAUAUGAAACAGUUCAACUUUAUUGAAACAGGAAGGAGAUUAUGGAUUUUUGAGUAUUACUAAAUAUAAAUUUCAUUUAAUUUUCAAUAAAUGUGCUUUAAUACAAAACAAAAUAUCAUAGGGGUCUUAGUUCCUAAAAAAGUAUCAAUGAUUAACAACCUUAUAAUCUUUCAAUGUCCAGGUUUAGAAAAAUUCAGAGCCUUCUGGGUUUUAUAAAUUACAUGUACUCUGUGUAAAUACACAUAAUUAGAAAAAUCCUCUUUGCUUUUAAGCUAAUGAAGACGAGAGACAACAGAGCCUACAUAACCUUAAUAUUCUGAUAUCUUUGAACAAAAAAUUUCCUCAGAAUCCUUUCAGGAGCCAUUUUUUUAAUGAGAUAUGAGCCAAAAUUGUGAGAAGAAUUUUCAGUUCGUAAAGUCUGUAUUUAUAAAUGGUAAAGAAAAAUGCAAAAGUGUCUUUUCCAAAUGUGCUACCUUUGUGUAUGUUGUAAUAGCGACACUCUCUCUAAACAUUCUCGCUGUCUAUGACUUAGCAGGCCAAUCCCCAAAGCACUCUCCUGGUGUCUCUAGAGUGUGAUGUCUGUUCUGUUGAAAUGACCAGUGAGUGACACUUCACAUGAUCACUGGUUUAAACAGGCAAUCAGCCUAUGAAAUUCUGUAUUUCUGAAUAUUUUUAUAGUAAUUUUGUUCUUGUGUGAAUUUUAAUGCUAUCUCUAUCUUAAUCUUAAUAUUUUGAAAUCACAUAAAAUAUAAGAAAAUGUAGUAUUCUAUAUUUACUCCUAAUUUCAGAUUCCUGGUCAAAAUUACUGAAUAUCUUGAAUGUAAUUUAUUGCAAUGUUUAAGUACUGUGUAAAUGUGACAGGAUAUUGUGUUUUUCAAAACUAAGAAAUGUUAUGUGGAAAUAAAUAUUUAUCCUACCUA